AUAAAUAUAACGUUAUGUUGUACCUGCUGGAUUAUCAGGACAGGAGACAACAUUAUAGUUCAAAACUCGUAAAUCCGUUUGAUCAAAAACAAAUUAAGAGAAAAUACAGAAGGAAAUCUCAUGAAAUUAAAACGGAGCAAAACCGAGUACAACCAUAAAGAGUAUACCCGCGUAAAAAAUCACCAAAGAUACCAGUCUUAUAAUUCGUUUCGACAGGGAAACGUUUCGCCGACAUCAGACUUAUCAGUGGCACUAAAAUAAAAAUAAGUUGGAUAUCAAAUACAAAGAAGAAGACAAUUGAAGACCAAUAACACCGAAAUUUGUCCUAAACGUGGAUCUUUUGACGUUAGAAAUAAAUCUACAAUUCCGAUUGAUCUGCGCGUACAAUUUCGACAAAGUCGAUCCACUGCUGCAGUGAACACAACCUAUAUGCAACUAAAGCAUUCAAUUCUUUAUAGAUUUUUGUCAGCUGCCAUCGAUAUUUACGUUAACUAGUUUAUCAUUUUCAGAAAGUAUUGGGAAUUUUCUUUAAAUCACAAAACCGAAACAAGAAACCUGUUUUAUCAAUAUUAUAAGUUGGAAUGGUUACUAAAUGCAUAAUUCUUAUCUUAUGGAAAAUUGUUUUACUUUCUGCAGGUUGACUCUUUAAGCUGACCAAUUCUGCAUGGAUUGGACGUAUUUGAAUAUUGUUUUCCUAAUUAUAUUGAUUUUGCCGUGUGCUGUUAGCCAAGUGUAUUGGAAAAUGUCUUCUGUGCCAGCAAUAUUCGGACAAAAUACUGUUCUUACGUGUCAUUUAGAAACCAUAUUUACAAAUCCUAAAGAUUGUACUGUACGUCAGUGGUCAGGUGGUCCUGAACGCAGAGGACUUGUAUACAACGGGUAUUCGUCAGAUAAAAACAAAUACGAAGAAGAUGUAAAUUUCGGGUCUUUUGAAUUUUCCUUAAUCAUUAAAAAUUUAACAGAAUCUGACAUUAAUGUUAAUUAUACCUGUUCUUGUGGAUUCGAUACCUCUACAAAGAAAUUGUCACUUAACGAGAACUUGUUUCAUUAUCCCCCUACAGGUAUAAAGGUCAUGUUUUCUUUUGAAUAUGAUUUGCUACGAGUUUUUCUUGACAUAAAGAAAGUGUAUCCUGUGCCAAAGUGUUCCCUGUAUUUUGGAAACAGCCUUAUCUUGAAAAUAGUUCCUGUAACGUACAAAACCAAUGGGUUUGUGUAUAGCAUUACGUAUAAUGCCUCAUACACGUUUGAAGAAAAAGACUGUAAUAAGCAGCCAGAGCUCAAGUGCACAUUUGAACAUGUAACUGAACACGUGAUAUUCAAAGGAAAUGAAACGUAUGAAUGUUUAGUUUACGAGAGUAUACCACUACUUCUGAAUAAUGCAACAAGAACACAUGUUCCAAAAAAAGACUCACAAGCCACCAAAUUUCCAACAUUGAAAAUUGCAUUGAUUGCUGUAGCUUUAUUGCUUAUAACUAUUUUCAUUAUUGUUAUAAUAGUUUGGAAAUACACGCAGAGAUGCCAGUGCAAACGUAAGAGGUCGAUAAAAAAAGAAGCAAAGCUUUCAAAUGAAGAUGAACUAUUCAUUGAAUUUCAAUAAAUUGAUAUUGUCUG